AUGAACAGAACAAUCUUACUACGGCACUAUAUUCGGUACUUCAUCAGCUAUUCAGCUAGCAGCCUCAUCUAUUACAAUAUACCAUUCCGGCCUAGGAAAAGAAUGGGGGGACACUCCGACAAGAAACGAUUUGCAUAUUCGAUACACAAUGAAUAUUGUGAAACGGAUCAGCGCCGAUUAAUUGAAAAGCUUAAAGCGUUUCAUCGCCAGCCAUCUUCAUCAACAGAGGAAACCUAUUUGAAAUUCCUGGUCACCAGUCGUCCCUACGAUCAUAUACAGGACCACUUUCGAGCAAUCACCGAUUCAUUCCCACAUAUACAUAUCAAGGGGAAGGAGCAGAAUGAUCAAAUUCAUAAUAAGAUUGAUCUAGUACUACACCUAGCCAUUAAUAAUAUCCGCAAUACCUUCAAAAACAGCCUUCGGCCUACAGAGGAUUGGAUCACACUGAUUCCGCCUUCUGUGAAUACAGUAUAUGAGAAGAUACUCUGUCGAGUCCCAGCCGAUCUAAUAGAUAGAGUCAAGAAGAUCCUAGAGAUCAUCGUAGCGGCACAGCGUCCUCUGACCAUAAGAGAGAUAGCUAUGGCAUUAGGAAUUGCUACUAGCUCAGGAUCACUAACAACCAAACAGGCUGGGCUAGAUCCAAUUAGUUUAGACAGCAAGCUUCGGCGAUGGUACGGCCUAUUUAUCUUUACAAACAACACGAAAAUCUAUCUUAUCUAUCAAACAGCCAGAGAAUUUCUCAUAGCGAAGAAAAAUUCCAGCAAUCUCAAUUCUGUAUACUGGAACAGCCUGACUGAUACGGAAGAUCAGAUGGCUGAGAUUUAUUUGAGAUACUUAUUGAUAGAGGAUUUAGAAUAUGAUGAAGAUGACUCGCGCCCCUAUACUCGAAGUUUCUUAGAAUAUUCAGCAGCACAUUGGCCUGAUCACAUACGAAAGAGGGUUUGA